AUGACUUCAGCCCUCGACGACGAAGAUUUGUCGAUCUCGAUCUCCACCACCAACACCCGUCGCGGCUCGAACAGACCCAGCGAUGUCGGUUCAGACAGCACAGUGCGGCCUGCCGUACCCGCACCGACACCAACUCCGGCAUCUGCCUCAGUACAGCGGGCACAGAACAGGCUGGGCCAGUAUCACAUUGUCAGGACACUAGGAGAGGGGUCAUUUGGCAAGGUCAAACUGGCAGUGCAUCAGGUUACGGGGCAGAAGGUUGCGCUGAAGAUUAUCUCGAGAAGAAAACUGGUCACGAGGGACAUGGCGGGCCGAAUCGAGCGGGAAAUAUCAUACUUACAGCUGCUACGGCAUCCGCAUAUUAUCAAGCUAUACACUGUCAUUACAACAAGUACCGAGAUCAUCAUGGUCCUCGAAUAUGCCGGCGAUGAACUCUUCGACUACAUCGUCCAGCACGGCCGCAUGCCCGAAGACAAAGCGCGCAAGUUCUUCCAGCAGAUCGUCUGCGCAGUAGAGUACUGCCACAGACACAAGAUCGUACACCGCGAUCUGAAGCCUGAGAACCUCCUGCUGGACGAGAGCCUGAACGUUAAGAUCGCCGACUUUGGUCUUAGCAACAUCAUGACGGACGGCAACUUCCUCAAGACUAGCUGCGGUAGCCCGAAUUACGCGGCACCUGAAGUCAUCUCUGGCAAGCUGUAUGCGGGCCCAGAGGUCGAUGUGUGGAGCUGCGGCGUCAUAUUGUACGUCUUGCUCGUCGGUCGGCUGCCCUUCGAUGAUGAAUACAUCCCAGCUCUGUUCAGGAAGAUCGCGCAGGGAAACUACACCGUCCCGAAUUACCUGUCUGCCGGCGCAGUACGACUGAUCAAGAAGAUGCUGGUCGUCAAUCCAAUGAACCGCAUCACCAUUCAGGACAUCAGGCAAGACCCCUGGUUUACCAAGGACCUCGCUCCGUAUCUACAGCUGCCGCCUGAGGAGUUUUUCGACACCGGCGUGGAUCCAAACAAGGCGAUUGAUCCGAGUAAUCUUGGCCCGUCGAAACCGGCUGCUGUGGUGCAGAAGCUGCACGGUCAGGUCGUCGACAAGCUCGGCAGGACGAUGGGUUAUGCAAAGCAGGACGUCCAGGCAGCGCUUGCGAAAGAUGAGCCGAGCGCCAUUAAAGAUGCGUAUCUCAUUGUGAGGGAGAAUCAGAUCAUGAAGGAGAAUCCUCUCCUCCGAGAAGAACCAGCCCUCCAGCCAUUCAUAGCGCAAUCCCCACCGACCCACGGCCCCAUAGACCCCGCUCCUAUAGCUACCACGAUGGCCAUGCGCCCAGCUCCCGCACCUCCUGUCGGAUCUGACCGCCAGCGCCACAGUUCCGUCUCGAAUGACACUCGCAACCCCGCGAACACAAUUGCCAUUCUCCCCAGCUCCCUCACCGAGUUCCACCGCGCCUACAUGAAAGGUCAUCCCAAGCCCUCCCAACAGCUAGACCUCCAGAAUGAAAGCAGCACCUCAUCCCCACAAGACCACCACCAAACGAGCGAGCAGCAAGCCGCUACAGCAAGAAGACUGAAGCCACAUAGCAGGAGCCCAAUGGGUUCCGAAAAAGGCGCGAAACCCGAGGGCAUGACGCCCAUCCCCGCCAAGAAGCCUCGCCCAACAAAAUGGCAGUUCGGGAUCCGCAGCCGCAACGCACCCGCCGAAGCAAUGCUCGCAAUCUACAAAGCUCUCCGCGCCAUGGACGCAGACUGGGAAGUGCCCAAAGCCCGACGCCCAGGCGGCCACGGUUCCCACUCCCGCAGCCGCUCAGGCUCACGUUCCCGCUCCCGCUCUCACUCCGGCUCGCGCUCCUCCUCCGCAUCUUCGACCCACCGCGGGGAUCGCGCUCGCCCGCGCAGCUUCUCGGACUCAGACUCCGACACCGUGCGCUCGAACUCCGCCCAGCUCGACGGCGACGGCCGCGGCCCGCUCUCCGUCCGCAACAAUGUCUCGGAGUCGCCGAGUCGAGGUCGUCGCCGUGUGCGGCAUGGGCCUAAGAAUGACUACGGAUACGCUGUCCCUGAGGACCCGUGGGUCAUCAACGCGCGCUUCAAGAAGGCGGGGAUGUUUCCCCCCGGCGUUGCGCAUCCGUCCUCGACGCACUCGAGCCGUGUGGACCUGGCGGAUGCGGGGAAGUUGAGGAGGAGGAGUGCGACGGGGGGGAGUGCGACGAGCUUGGGGAAUGGGAUGGGGAUGCAGGGCGCGGAGGCGGCGUUUGCGGGGCCGGGAGUGGCGGGAGGGGACGGGAAGGGAGGAUACCCGGAGCCGGACGAGAGUGUCUGGGUGUAUAUGACGAUUCAGUUGUAUAGCAUCGAGAGGGAUUUUUUUCUGGUGGAUUUCAAGUGCGCGGGGUAUGAGAGGUUGGUGAGGGAGCUGGUGAGGGAGAUCAAGGUCAAUGGUACCGAGGUUGAGGCAGUGGAUGGAGAAGAGCGUGAGGAUGGGCACGGAGGCCAUGGGCAGCAUGGACGUGGCGGCGAUGGCGCGGGCUUCGACGAGGAGGAUGAGGAAGGGAAGUGGAGACGGCUGGGCGGUGAUGAGCAUGGCCAUGGAGUUGUGAGGGUUAAGGAGAGGUGGGUUGGCGCGGGGAGGGUCAAGAAUGAGAAGAGGGCAACCAGUCCGUUCCCAUUCUUGGAUGUUGCGAGUCGGCUUAUCAUCCAGCUUGCUGAAGGGGAGUGA